AUGUCGACGCCGGGUUCUGGAGGUGAUAUGACAAAUCUCUUCAGUUUAAUCACUCCUUGGCUGAGUUGCAUAUCAUUGCUUGGAAUUUCAAGUGAAUGUUCAGAGAAUGUUUGUUCCGAGAAGUUUAUUAGUGCUCUUGCUUGGAUUUCUAGUUUAUACACGUGUGAAGGAGAAAUAUUUUUGAGCAGUCAUUCUGAAGAUUUGGCACCAUAUUUCGUCAAAGAAGUGUCACAUAAUCAUAUCGAAAACAAAAGAAAUAAAGAUGUGAAGGCAUUGCUAAUCGAAAACAGUGAAUUUUUUUCCAUGCUUGAGAACAUUCCUCAUUUCUUCCCUGACCUCCAGUCAUUAAGUGCCAUUAACUGUGGAAUUAAGGAACUGAAGUCAGAAGACUUUGAAGAUCUCCCGAAUCUUCUUCAAAUUGAUUUCCGGAGUAAUAAGAUUCAACAACUACCUAUGAAUGUUUUUGAGGAAGUGCCAAAUUUACAAGUUAUCGGGCUUAGUUUGAAUCCUAUAAAAUAUAUUGCCCAUCAAGUCUUCGAUCAUUUAACUGAUUUGGAAACGCUCGAUAUGUUUGGAACAAAUAGAUGCUAUAAUAAGAAACUUGAACAUAACAAAACAGCGAUAGCUUCCGAGCUUUAUGAUAUCUAUCGACAAUGCCCGCCAACUUUCGAGAUGUUGAAAAUGCAGCUGGGAUGGCAUGUAAUAGUUCAAAAAUUAGAGAAGUGUGAGACUAAACUUGAUGAAGCUUUUUCGAACUUGAUGUAUUGCGAAACUGUUGACAAGCAUCAUCAACCAGCAAAUGACAAACCUGAAUGUUUUGCGUCGUUGUUGGCGAACUUGGCCUUUUAUCCUUGA